CGGACACGUUUUGUCUUGAAAGCUGGUUGCUUUCCGAAAGCGCGCGUUUGAUUUAUUGUUCCCUCGCACCCGAGCGUCCAAGCAAACCCAGCUACUUGUUCUUGUUACCUUCACGUCCAGAUUUUAUUUUUAUUUUUCUAUUUUCUUCAAGAAAUUGUCUUCUUUUGAUAUCCAUUAAGGGAUAAAGUUCUGAACUUGGUGAUUACUGAUUAGUAUGGGUGAUGCCUAUGGGAAUAAUGCUAGUGCAAGCUCGAGCUCGAGUUUGAAUAGCAGCUCGCACGAUACGGAUGAUGAUCAUAUGAUUGCAAUAAUGUUAGCCGAGGACGAAAGAAUGAGAUAUGAUGGGAGGCUUGGCAAGAGGCUAUCUCAUUUGCAAUCAAUUCCGCACACUCCUCGGGUUAUUGGGAGUAUACCAGAUGCAAAUGACGCAACCUUAGACCAUGGGAGACUAGCUCAGAGGGUGGCUACUUAUGGCUUGGCGGAAAUGCGAAUCGAGGGAGAUGGUAACUGCCAGUUUCGAGCCCUUUCAGAUCAGUUAUUUCAGAAGCAAGAUUACCACAAAUAUGUUCGAAAGGAGGUCAUCAAACAGUCUUUCUAUUUUCAGCUAAAACGCCAUAGGAAACUAUACGAAAGCUAUGUCCCCAUGAAGUACAGACACUAUGUGAGGAAGAUGAAAAAGAUGGGGGAAUGGGGAGACCAUGUUACUCUACAAGCAGCUGCAGAUCGAUUUGAAGCAAAAAUCUGCUUAGUCACUUCUUUUCGAGACACCUGUUUCAUAGAAAUCCUUCCUAAAGACAUAACUCCUGCCAGAGAGUUUCCUAUAAGAACUCAGAGGAAGAAGCAUUGGCUUUUCUGAAGUUUGUGGCCUUGGAAGAUACAUAUGUUACAUUCUUUGCAUUUUUUUCUUCAUAUACCCUAUGACUUGAUACACCAUAUUAUAUCUCCUUUCUUUUUCUUUUUUUCUUCAUCUGUGAACUUCAAAUCAUCUCACUCAGAUUAUGUACCUUCACUGGUGGGAUAUGUACAGAGACUGUUCUAUAAUUGUGAUUUUGUCACAUUAUGCCAGUUGUUAUAUUAUAUUGGAGAAGUAUAUUUACAAACUGAACUUUGUCAUUUUUCUUUUGUUCUAUGAAUGAUUUCACUUUGUUCCUUGAGUUUUGGAUCAAGAUUUGGGUUGGUCCCAUUUUUUCAUAAGAUAUGUACUGAACAUAAUUGUUCACCUACCAUACUGAGUUGUAAUUAAUUAUAUAUGUAAUGUGGAUUCAAAUAGUGAAGGUUAA